UGCACAGUCAUAUUUGGUCCUCCGGAAAUAUCCACAGCACGGAAAUAUAAAUGGGUAUGCCCCAAAAUGGAUUCUCAGCUGGCUACAGUCCUGACCAGUGGCAGCCUGGAUGUCCAAAAUGGCAGCCAGCAUGCAGAAGGAUCAGGGCGAGUGACAGAGGUUUUUUUGGACCCAAAGGAAAAAACCUCACCCAGUACUGUACCAGGUAACCUCCAGCCGUGCCCUGUCACAGCAGCACUGACCAUCAGGAGAGAUGCUCCUUCAAUCAAUGGGAAAAAGCCAGAGGUGGGCGGGACUUCAAAGCCAGCCUUUCAGGAAACAAGAAGCAAGAUUGCUGGGUUGAGACAGCCAAUUACAGUCAAGGCUGGUGUGCCUGUAGUGCGCAGCCAGCCAAUCAGACUCAAAAUUGUGGUUCCCCCACAGUGCAAGAGGCCAAUCACAAACUCUGUCAUCAGCCUGACCAAAGACUUUACUCAAAGACAUUUCAGAAGACCUGCUCCUGUCUCAGCUGAAGAGGAAAAAAACAGAAUAUCUGCUGUUAAAAAUGGAGGAGACAUCCAGGAAGUUUCUUAUCAAAAGACUGAGGAUAAUAAACCAGAAUCAUUCCAUGAGGCAGAAAAAGAGGAGAAAAACUGCAAAGAGAAAGAAAAUAUUCAUGAAGGGUCAGAAACUCUUUUAAUUCCUUGCACUAAUACAGAAAAUAUAUUGACCCAGAAACGGAUUAAAGAGGAAAAUACAGAGCAAGAAAUUCAAAAUAUUCCUUUAAUUUUGCAAGAAAUGGACUUAAAGGCUUGCAAGAAGUUUGAUGAACUGAGAAUGGAGGAACAGUCAGAACCACUGGAUCUGAGUUUGCCCAAGAAAAGAGAGAGUCGAGAGAGGAGGUGUGGACGCUUCCUGGAUGAUUUUGGCUGUGAGAGCUCACUGAUCAUGGAGGUGGAUGAAUAUGAGGGAGAAGGAGACAGAGAUGUAGUAGAAGAGGACGAUGAAGGUCAGGGAGGGAACACUGUGCUACACAUGGAUGGGACGGAUACUCUUGAGGACUCUCUGCUCUCGCCGUCUUACUUUUCUAACUCUGUCUUGGACUCCCUCUCCUCUGUGGACUGUGACACUGAAAAUCUCCUUCUCAUAGAUGACCAGGGAAUCCCGUAUACUCUCAGUCCAGAUGGACUCAAAGUGCCACAGGUUGAUGCUUCCAGGUUAGAGGAUCCUCAGCUUGAUCAGGCUAGUUCUGCAGAAGUGGAAGACAAAAAGUUGUCACAAUUAACAGAUUGUGUUAUCAGCCAAAGUUUAGAUAAUGCACCUUCAGAUGACCUGUUCCCCUCACCAACCCCUGAUACAGAGUCUGUAGUGCAAUCUGUUGAUCAGACAACAGCAAAGAAAGAAGUCUUGACGAGUUUUAUCACUAAUUCAGACCCACCAGGGUCUGCAGAACCAAGUCUUAAACCUGUACAAGAGUCUAGUUCUGUUCUCUCAGUCUCCUCUGGGAUUUCACUCCCCUCCCAACCCAUUCAGAUCCUUACAAACCCAUCUACCAACACUCCUAUUCUCCUCCUGUCAGGCUCCUCUUCCUCCCCUCAGCUUUCCUCAGCUCCAGUGGGUCUUUCACUUCCUCUCUCAGUCUCCCAGACCUCCCCUGGUGCUUCCACUCCCAUGUUCCUUCUUCUCUCUUCUGUACCCACUGCUUCCUCUGGUGACUCCGCCUCUACCUCCACCCCGAUUGCCAUCCUUGACCCCACCACCGGUCAGUUGUCUCAAAUCUCAGCAGCCUCGACCCCAGCGGUCUCUGUCCCUUUGCCCUCUGGUCAGCUGGGAUCACCUCUGCCCACGCUGUCUCACCCUGUCAUCAGACUGAGCCCCAAUAACCCCCCUGUCAUCCUCUCAGGGGUGAAUAAUAUCAACCCUGGCCCUGUUGUCACCUCUCUAACCAUGCAGUCGUCCUCUCCCGCUCCUCAAAACGACCUCCAAGGCACGACUCCCAUUCUUCAUUCUCAAACCAGCUCUUCCGAAUCAAACCCAGGAAGUGAAGCCAUAUCUGCUGAAGACGUCUCAAAUGAAAACAACAAGCCAUCAACUUCAGAAUCCUCUACUAGUACGACCUUUGAUCCCUUAGCUCAGCUCAGCUCAGAGGCCCAAUCACCUGCCUCAGAGCCUAAAUUUGACUCGUCAGACCUGCACUCACAACACUUACCUCUGGACGACCAUCUUUACUUCUCCAACGCUGCUGCCCCUUCCUCUCCACCUGUUGGAUCAAUCCUCUCCUCCGGUAAACUCGAGCCCCUGGACCCUCUGGAUCCUGUCUCUUCGGAGGAGUCCUCCAACAACAUGGGCUCUCGUAGGGUGCUGUACUGCCAGCUGUGCCCACGGGUCUUCUUUUACCUCUCGGACCUUGAGCGACAUGCCAUCACUCACUCGCAGAAGAAGCCUCACGUCUGUUCACAGUGUGGGAAAGCCUUCAAACGCUCUAGCCAUCUGCAGAGGCACAAGCACAUCCACACUGGCCAGAGGAACUUUGUGUGCCCCAUCUGCACCAAACGCUUCAGGGAGGCUGGUGAGCUGCAGCGCCACCAAAGGGUCCACACAGGAGAGAAACCAUACCAGUGCCAACUCUGCCACACCCGCUUUGCUGAGCGCAACACACUACGCCGACACACUAAACGCAAACACCCUUACCACCAAGUCGCCAUGGAGAUGCUGAAUGAGAGGAGAGCGGGAGGCCGAGUGGAAGGGGGAGGAGGUGAAGGAUCUAUCGUGCAAGAAGAAGAGGAGAGUGCUGAGUGGUACAGCUCCACCGUGUCUCACAUGGAGAACUCAGAGUCUGAGGUGGAAACUUAAAUACACUCAGAGUCUAAAGGAGAUCAGCAGGGUGACAUUAAGACACUAAACUUUCCUCAUUAAUUAAAUGUCAAAGACAGGAGCACUUGCAAUGUUUAUUUUAUUGCUUUGAAAGUUAUUUAUUUCAGAACUAUUUUAUUCCCAUUCCAUUUAAUGGUCCAAAAAUUCAGCCUUUUAGCCCCUCUGACUUCAAUUUGAGUGUCCUCUUUUAGAAGACUGUUGCCUCGUCUAAAGGGAAAUCUUCUGCUUGAUGUCAUGGCUUUUGUCUGAGUUCAAGAUGUUAAUUAGACCGCAGACAUGAGGUUUCAUUCCUACACAAUUCAUGACAAAACCCUCAAGUGCUAAAAAAAAAGAAAUUUAACUUAUUUACUGUAAAAAAAAAAACUCUGCUCUUGCUGUAAAUAUAUAAAAAGAGAACUAUUUGCAAGAGCUGCACUCCUGCACUAUCUUAUGUGAAAGAUAUAAUCUAUCUUUCUCACUGUCAGAGACACUGUGAGUCAUUUGCACACGUUUUAUUUUAAAUGAAUAUUCACUUUUUUACAUUGUGAUGGAAAAUGAUAACUUUUUUUUUGCUGCAGCUUAGUUUAAUGUAUUUGAUUCAU